UGCAGGUUGAGUUAGUCAUCUUUCUUUACGUUGUUUGUACGGAUUGUCGUGUGUCUCUUGCAGUUUUGUAUCUUUGUGUUUGUUCAAUGUUUGUUAUCUAUUAGUGUUAGUGAUAGUAAUUGAUUUUUGUAAAACUUGGAAAAUACGGGUAGAUUGGCUGCAAUGUUCCGGGACCCGAAAAACAAAGAUGGAGUUUGUUUGUUUGUGAGAGUUAGUUGUCAGUGAUCUUUAGUGAUUGGAUAAACAGUGCAUAUUAUCAAGAUUCAAAGGUGCGUGAUCUUUGGACAAAAUUCAACCUUAUUUCAACAGAUUGAUGUGAGACAGCCGAUCCAUUCAAUUCUUAUCUGGUACAACUCUAUCACGUGACUUAUUUCGGUUGGAAGCAUGUUGUGGGAUAGAACAGUUUUUGACGUGGCUGUGUGUUUGGAGCAGUCAGGAUAGGCGUGAAGAGCAUAAGCAGGAUGCGGGGGGAAGAGGGGGUGCACUACCGGCCACCCCCCCUGGCCCGCUUCUUCCACGCCCUCCCCCAUGUCAACAUCAGUCUGCAUCUGGUCAACUCCACAUUCGACCCCGACUCUGACAUCUAUCUAGAGUCUCUGGGCAUCCUAGGAUCAAUCCCGGCAGCCUGGUUGAUCCUCACCUUAUUUCUGCUGCUUAUUUACCUGCUUACAAGAUGCUGCGAUCGCAAGCCUCGGCCAAAGCACAGCAUUGUCAUCCUCAAAUGGACGCUCUCAAUAUUCACCGUCCUAUGCUGUGGCGCAGUAGGAGUAGGACUAUAUGGAAACGAUGAUGUCCAUAACGGAGUACUGGAACUGCUAGCGGCAGCGCGCUCAAUAGACGACUCCAUAGGAUCAGUCAAGAAUCAGACAAGCGCGAUCGAAUCGACGCUGAAACUAAAGGUGCAGCCGCUGUUGGUAGAACUGGGUGACACUUUCGACAAGCCGGUGGCCAAUCAGACGGCACGCGGCAUGCUGUUGGCUGCCCUGGCUGCGAUGACUGGCAACACCUCUGCAAGUAUCACCUCACUGCAAGACAUCAUGCGGCCUCUACGCGGCCUCAGUCUCGCACACACCAUUUCCACUGUGCAUCUCGCUGAGGCCAUCAGAUGGCCGGUGACGAUGGCAGUCCUAAGCAUACUACUUGUGUUCUGUGUUGUAUUAUUAUUUGGUGUUGCUCGCCAUUCAAGAUGUGCAUUAAUAACUUUCUCGGUAUUUGGACUAUUUGCUGUGAUAAUAUCCUGGCUGCUUGCUUCCGUCUAUCUCACUGCCUCUGUUGCACUAGGCGACCUGUGCAUGUCACCGGACGCGUUCGUGGAGCACGAGAGCCCCAGCUCGCUGCAGUCGGACAUCCUUGAGUACUACACGUCGUGCAACGCGACGUUGCAGAAGCCGCUGUGGGUGGUGGUUCGCAAGGGCACCGAUGCGGUGAAAGCGGUGUCGAGCAGUCUGAGUGUGGUGUCGCGGCUGGCCAGGCAGCUCUAUCAGCCCUCGGAGUUGUCGCCCAAGCUGGAGGUGUUGAGUCGCGAGGUCAGCCUCGCACUCAACCUCAUCAGCGGCAUGGGCGCCCUCAUCGACUGUCCGCCCAUUCAUCGCGAGUACAUGCACGCGUUGCACGCUGUCUGCGAUCUUGGCCUUUUCGGCCUGACAUUCAUGCUGGCUGCGGCGGCCGGAGCUGGCUUCUUCUUCACCAUUCUCGUCUGGCUCGACUCGCACACGUGGAUCUACAUCAGGAAAAAGCGAGAUUACCUGCAGGUGGACGAACAAGACCCGUUCUUGCCGCCGACGGCCGCCUCACAGGCCAUAGCUGCCCGCACGCUGCGUAACCAAGGGUCGUACGCCACUUCUCUUAUUGUCUCUCCUCCUCCCGGCUCCUCCUCCUCCUUUGCUACCCCCCUGCAUCAGGUUCCUACGUCCCCCUCCUUUGACACCCCUCUGCAUCAGGUCCCUCCGCCCCCCUAUCGGUGGACGUACGCACCGCAUGCACAGCGUAAUGCACGGCAUGAUGUACUAGAUGGGGGGCGGAUCGGCGGAGGCGGUGGCGGGGGGGCCGGGGUGCGGAGUGUCGGUGAUCGGGGGGGCGGGGGGCCCUCCUCAUACGACCACUUCCAGCCGCCUGCACACCAGCAGCAACCUGGCCAGUACGCGACUUUGAGUCGCAAGUUCCGAACACUCGACCACCACCACCACUCGUCGGCCGACGGCCGCCGGAGGCCUUACGGGGGCGGCGCCAUGGAGGCGGGAAACGCCCAGACCCUGGGCAGCCGACGGGGCGGCGGCGGAGGCAGCGGCAGUGGGGCGGGACAGUACUCGACCCUCAGCAAGAAGUGCAAGACCCUCGAGUCUUCGGACUUCUACUGAGAGCCGGCCUCAUCAGCUGACGCAGGGGGGGACUCCCAGGGGGGAGAGGGAGAGGGAGAGGGACCCCCUGCGGCCCAAGAAGACGAUUACAUGGUCACUGAGCUAUGAGGCCGGCUAGACUACCAACAGCGACUAGCUACCACUCGACUCUAACUGUGGAGAACAUCAUUGUAUAGCGGAAUUGUAAUGCAACUAUUGCAUUGAAAAAGUGAAUGGAAUAAUCUUGAAUGUUGACUUGACCCAAGGUAUCACCGGUUGUUAGAUCGCUUAUUUAAAAUUCGGCCUAUGGCUUGCCAGGAGCAAGUUAGACCCCAGUUAUCAUAAUGAAGUCUCAAAUAUACAUAACAUUCGUAUUUUGAAAUCAAUUAGUAAUGACCGUUAUGAUGGAAAUAUGAACAACGAUAUAAUUAAUAUUUUGUAAUUAGAUUAUUAAAUUAAAAACUAUCCGUUGUUUGUUGAUAAAAGGAAGUAGCUUGUGACUGUCCCCUACCAAGAAGAAUAUUACUGGAAUAAUCAAAGACUAUGGAAAUCAAUUGUAGUUAACUUCAAUGUCAAAUUUAGAACGUAGAGUAAUGAGUCAAUUUGACAUUGGUGGCUGUGUAAUAAUACGAUAUAGCAAUCAAAAAUAUACUACCUAAAUAAAUAUGUGAUAUAGACUGUUGUUUUGCCAUAAACUUCAAAUGAUACAGAAAAAUGAUUGGUUGAAUAUUUGUCAUCAGUAAAUUGCUCAAAAUCAAGCAUUUAUAAAUUAGAAUGACUCUCAUAGUCAUGGACACACUAUUAUGUGUCAUAAAUUGAGCCAAUACAGUACCUAAUAAUUUUAUUUAAGAAGAAAUUUUACUUCUAUUGACAAUAUUAUUGGAAACUAAAUUUUACAGUACUGUCUUUUUAUCAAACAUAUUCUAUUGAACAUCUUUGUCAAAUAGAAUUCAUUCGUAGAAAAAUCUGUAAACGCCAAACAUUUUUCUCUGAAUUUUGAAUUGGAGUUUGAACUUUAUAUUUACUGCCAAUUAUUGAAUAAACAAGACAAAUAAAUUUUCCCUGUUCGAUAAAGAAAGUACAUACAAUUUAAUUAGAUAUGUACUUAGAUUUUAAUUGAUGAUGAAAAUAAUACUCUCAAAUUGUCUUCGGAAUCUAGUUGAUUUCACUGAAAUCCUUGAAUAGACAUUCACACAUUCAUACGGUAUUCUACAAAAUAAUAAUGUUCUAAUCAUAUUGUAAAUCUUGAUGUGAAAUCAUCAAACAUUGUAUUGGAAGACUUUUCAAGUUUAAUGGAACAAUUCCAUAGUAUUAACUUUAGUCUGCUAAAUUAUCAAUAGAACUAACUGAAUUUCAUUAUUUCCUUCGAAGAAAUAGUUUGUUAGUUUCUGAGUUCACAUCUUUAAGAAUUUGAAUUGAAUUCUGCAAUUUACAAAGCAUCUAGUUGUUAUAAAUUUCUUAAAGAGAUUUCAUUAAUAAUAAUCAUACACCAGUAAAACAAUUUGAUCUGACAAUUUCAAAUUAGAAAUAAUGUUUGAAGCAAACAGUAAUAAUCUUGACUUGACUGCACAAACUUUAAUUCUUUUCAAAGUCUGAUCGCACAUUCAACUAUAGUUCAAUUGUAUUAAGCACAAUAGUUCAUUUUAAGAGAUUGUGAACCUCAUUCAUAAUAUGUGUUGAGAUUAGAAUAGGCUACAGCUGCCGUUGUACGAAUGCUAUUUAAGAAAUCUUUCAAUGUACUGUUCUAAAAUCGAAUCAUAAAUUCUGAUUCCAUUGUUCUCAAUAAAAGUUUUAACAAAAUCCAAUUUUACUAGUAAAUGUCUUAUCAAUUGAAUGUUAUGGUAAUUUAAUAUCAAAUUUUGUAAAAAAAAUUGAAAAAUUGAGAAAAACUUGUAUUGCUAGAAUUUUGUAUAAAACAAGUAUAAAAUCCAUACAAAAAAUUCUUGAGAGUUGUGAUGGAAACAAUAUUGAGUUUUUCUCAUAAUUUGUCGUGUUAAAUUGAAUUUUCAUGGAAACGGUCAAGAUUUAUGAUAUAUUUUAAUAUUCGUUUUCAAAACUCUAUGCUCAAAACGUUACUUGGCACGUACAAAAUAUAACUCAAAAGUAUUUAAUCUUUUUGAUUCUGAACACAGUUUUUAAAGCUGUAUUUGAUGAAAAUAUAAUCCAAUCUGUUUCAUUAGUCUGAUUUUUAAUAGUUGUAGCAUAGCCUACGUACAUAAAUUAUUUCAGCUCUGAUAUCAAAUUCUGAAUGUUUUAAAGAUAUAGUUGAAGAAAAUACUUUUGAAAACAUGAAGUUUAUAAUCUGUAGUUUUUCGAAUUUAGGAGUGAAAUUUAAUAUUUUAUUCAAAUCAAUACCCCAAAGUCAUUCUUGGGAUUUUUAACACGAUUGUGUUAUGCAAACAGAAAUAUGUAUGUUAACUUUAUUUCACUUUUCUGCAAUUUCUGAUUUCAGAAAUAAAAGUAUGAAAUUUACUAGGAAAACAUGUAUAUAAAUUGUGAGAAAUUAACUCGAUUUAAUAAUAGUUUUUCCUCUCUGGCUUUGAAAGAAUUAUGAAGUUUCCCUUUUUACUUCAACAAUUUUAAUGUAAAAUAAUAUUUAGAAAAUAAAAUAGUGUUCUUUAGAUGUAAAUUGAAAUAAUGACCAAUGUAGGGAGCAAGAAUAUUGUAUUUAAUCUCCAAUAUUAUUCGUCUAGAAUAAAAAAUUAUUUGGUUAUUCAAGGAAAAUAAUAAAUAAUUAUUUCAUUCUGUUAUCUAGUUGUUGAUGGAAUAAAAUAACAUUUAGAAAAAUCACCAUUUAUAUUGUUCAAUGCUUAGUUCGUACCGGUAGUUCGUACCUCAAGUCUUUUUUAGAAAAUUACAAAACCGCAAUAAUAUAUCAUUUUUCAUUGAAUUUGUAAUGAAUGAAUAAUAUAUCGUUCUUUCCUAUUUAAAUUGAUUCAAAUUCAUUGAACUUGACAUAGUUUUUCGAAAUAAUUAUUGAAAGGUUCAGAAAAUAAAGUUUUGAAGUUAAAUAGGAAUCCAGUCAAAUAUGAUUUUAAAAUGUUAUAAAUCAUUACCAAUGCCAUGCAAUAUAUUAUUUAUAAAUGUUUUCCAAGCAAUAUAUUUAUCUCUGUCCUCAUACCAUGACCCAAUUUUUCCCUUGCUUAUUGGGAAAGUCUUAGCUACUACGUUUUAGAAGCAACAUACUCAAGGCCUACUUAAUCAAAAAAUGUUAAGAUUUUAAGAAAAUAGCUUUGUGAUUUUAAGUUUUCUUAAUAGAAACAUUUGGCAUCAGAAGUUAUUUCUCUUGAGCUUACUCACAUGUAAACUAAAUUUAUUCGUUUAUUGAUAAUUAAUAUUUCAACAAAAGGUGCAUCUUCUUGAUUGAAAUAGAUUUUCACUACUGUGUUUGACUACUGUAUAGUUGUUUCUGACUGUAUUUUGUUGAAUAAAUAAAUAUUAUAUUAUUGAAGAAAAAUGUGUUUAUACAAUAAGUAGGCUAUAAUAGGCUACAGUUUGUAAAUUCUAAUAAAAUGAUACAUUUUGGUAUUCUAAUAUUUAAACCGAAUUUUAUUGUUUCGUAUUUCAAUCUUGGAUUCAAACUGUAACUUCAUGCUAAUUUCUUAUGUCUAGAUUAUUAUACUUCACGGUGAUUUCAUAAAUGCUUUCUGUAAAAAUAAGCUAAUCAAAUAACAUUGAAAAGACCAGGUAAUACUAUAAAUCUAGACCUGAUGUCACAUUCUAUUAACGUGAAUACUAUAUAGUAUUUAUAGCUUUAUGUUUCCUCUCGUGCCAUUUUAUUAAAAAAAGUUCAAUGAUAAGAGUUUUUAUAUCUUUUUAUAAAAUUUUUAUAGCUUACAUGAUAUUAUAUCAAAUUGAUAAUGACAGGUUUGAUACCUUGAUGGUUGUUCAAUUAAUAAUCGUUUUUGUAGUAUAAAUAAUGUGAUUAUUUAUUUAUAAUUAUUGUAACUUACAUCUUCUAUCACAUAUAUCUGUAUCAAAAUAUUGGUUGUCUAUCUAUAUAAUAAUUGAAUUCUUAACUUCUUAUGGGUGUAGAUUGUUUAGUUGUUUCAAUAAAUAUAUGACAAUUGCUAUAAUCAAAGCAUUGUGGCUGCCAUCAAUAUUUCUACUCGUAAUUGUAAUUUUAUCAUGUAAAUAAAGUAUGAAUCAAUAUUAUUUAUUGUAUUAAAUGUUCAUCUUUUGCGAGUGAAUGAUUGGUUGCUAGAAGUGUAAUGUACGUGGGAGUAGAAAAAUACUGUAGUUUUACUGUUGAAAGUCAGUGUUCAUCCAUUAAAUAUAUAUUGUAAAUUAAUUCAAAAUAAAUGAACAUUUGAAUAGUACAAAACAAUUUGAUAUUAACAAAUUGAGAGUAGAGUUUAAUAUUCAGAAGCAUAAUCAGCUUUAUAACAAUGAACCGGUGUAAAUGUAGUUUAAGCUAAUAAAUAGGUAAUGAGGUUUAGUGAACCAUUCCAGACAGUAUUGAUAGUUAAUUCUCUAUUGAAAUUUCUCAUGUCAUUUUGUACUACUCUCAAAAGUUGUCAGUGUAUUUGUGGUUAUUAUAAGCUACUUUUGUGUACAAAAGAAUAUAAUUAAUAUUAUUAUACACAGCAAGCAGCUUCGUCAUUACCAAAGAGUGUUAUCAUAUAAUAUUAGUGUACCGGUAUUAAUGUACAUUUUUUAGAUAGUCAAAAAAUUAUGCGAUACAUCUUUUAUUAUUACAGAUUUCUAUGAUAUUGCGAGUUAGGUGCUUAUAUGUAACUUGAACUGGAAUUUAUAAUUCUUGUGUUUUGUAAAUAAUUCUCAUCUUUGUAGUGAAUGUAUGAAUAUUUUCAAUUUAAUUUCUCAAAUCUUCAGUCAUGUUAUCUCUGUAUUGAAAUUUGGUUGCUGUGAAAGAAUGACUCAAAUUGUAAAUUAUGUCAAUGAAUAUAAAUUACAUCUUA